AUGGAAUCUCCAAAUCAGGCAGAAUUGGAUACGGUGGAAUAUUGGAAGGAACAAGCAAAACAUUACGAACAGAAGGCAACGGAUAUACAGCAAGAGUUGGACGAGUAUACAGAAAAUUCAGCUCAGCUUGAAAAGGAAUUGGACGCGUCCUUGGUUCGGGUUGAAAAACGAAACAGAGAUUUGGAACAUCAAAAUCUGAGGCUCAAAAACGAUAUCGAUAUGCUCAAAUCCAAAUUAGAGAGAAGUCAACAUGAAACAAAUGCACUUGAAAAUGAAAUACAAACACUCAAAAUGGAAAAAGAGAAACAGGCUACAUAUAUAAGAGAAUUAGAGCAAAAGAAUGAUGAUUUGGAAAGAGGACAACGAUAUAUAUCAGAAUCCGUUUCGUGUAUAGAAGCUUUAUUAAAUCAGGCUUACGAACGCAAUGCUGUGUUAGAGAGUGAGGUUGAUGAACUUGAGAAUUUGAAGGUAAAACUGCAAAGAGCUACAGAUGAAGCCAGAGAUCUCAAACAAGAGUUAAUAGUUAUAGAGAAAAAUCCUAUUUGUAAGAAGGAAGAUAGCAGUAUAAAUGAAAAUAUUUGUAACGGACAUACAACGAGGAAUCAAGUAGAAAUAGAAACGCAGACUUCCCUACUUGCACCAACGAAACGUGAACUGAAUGGUAAUGCUAUGACGCCAUCAUCUAGAGUAUCUGCUAUUAACAUUGUCGGAGAUCUGCUCAGAAAAGUUGGGCUUGAAAGAUUUCUUUGCCGUGAUUGUGGUAAGGUCAAAUGUUCGUGUGACGUCAGCACCGAGCAACAAAACAAUGUUCUGGAAACGAACGUCCAUGAACACGAUCCUAUAAAUAAUAUUGAUAAUUCCGUUGAGUACAGAAAAGGGAAUUUCACGCGGCAAUAUUCAAAAUCGGAACAGUCAAAAACUACGGCUAACAAAACAAUGCCAUUAACACCAAAAAGUUCCGAACCAUUCGAAAGAUCCUACAAUAAUGAGAAUGCGAAAUUAAGAAGAUCAUUCAUAGUGAGAUCGAGAGAAGGAAUAGAGAAUUUGUUAAACUUCUCAUCGGCAAGAAAGGUUCAGGAUCAAGGAAAAGGGAAACCUAUAUGUCAACAAUUUUAA